GUCUAUGUGCGUUUGUAUUUUGAAGUACUGCUGGGUCGCAACCUCGGCUUCUACCUCAUGAACAUAAUCAUUCCUUCGAUGCUGAUUGUCAACAUUUCUUGGGUAUCGUUCUGGCUUAACCGCGAAGCAUCGCCAGCUCGUGUUGGUCUUGGCGUCACAACAGUGCUCACAAUGACCACACUUAUCACCACCACUAAUGUUUGUUAA